AUGAAAAAAAUUGGUAAAAAAAGUAUAACAAGUGCAAAUAUAUUAAUAGCACAAAUUAAAAAGUAUGAUAUAUAUGAAGCACCAUAUAAUUUUACCUUUGUAGAAGGAAUUGAAUCACCACAAAUCUGGCGGCUUGGAUUUGGAUUACUCAAAAAAGAAGAAGCAGAUUUUGAUGCUGAUUAUAUUUCUGACGAUGAUAAUUUAGAUGAAAUUAUGCAAUUUGAUUGUGAAAAUUUGGAAGUUAAAGAAAUGAUAGAUUUGAAUAUUUUUGCAGGAGAACAGAUAAGUGAAACAAAUUAUGAUAAUGUUGUAGAAUCUGAGAAUGAACCCAAUUAUGAUAUAAAUGAAGUUAUCAAUGCAGCUAUGAACAAUAUAAAAUAA